AAUUAUAUCUGUGUUUUGCAGAGACAAUACGUCAUAAAAAAUAUGAGUUUGCAUACCACCAAUUCGCUCUGCAGCUAUGUAUAGUCACAAUUCAUAAGGAAUAUUCGGUUUAGCUGCAGUUGACGAUAACACAAUCGAUAAAUGAUCCGGCAAAUGAAAGGUUUGAUUAUCUUCCUAAUAUUCCUUCACGAUCUACCCUUUAACGAAGCUGUUAUGGAGUGCAUGUCGGUCGGACAUAAGAUAGACUGCUUUGAGUGCAACAGCUGGCAAGAUCCGCGCUGCCAUGAUACAUUCAAAUUCACAAACCAUUUAGAGGACAUGCCACCCCGCAGGGAAUGCGAAGGAUGUUGUGUGAAACUUGUAAGCAAAGCAGGAACUGCUUCUGAGAGUGUGAGGCGGACAUGUACUGAUCAGCUGGAUAUAAACCUGUUCAUGGUCGGCCAUGUUUGUAUGACAGAGGGUGGAGGAACUGGGCACAUGUGUUUCUGUGAGGAAGACGAUUGUAAUGCCGCAAACAGUUUCAAAAUUUGUUCAGGGCUUUUAUUAUUAAGUCUACUUUUGGGGCUUUUCUGAUCAUUUCAAUCAAUAAGAGGAAUGAACUUAAAAUAAAGAUCAAUUAAAAAUAAAGAAUAAAUAUUUUCUUUCUAAUGCCAGAAGAUUGACCAUUCAGCUCUGAAAGAUAACAUUUAUUGAUUACAAAUAUGGUUUUAACUUAUAUAUUUAAUAAUGUUAUUUGUAAGCUUUGUAAAUUAAACUGUACAGUGUACAAUCAUUAUUUGUCAAUAUAGAAUAAAUGAUAA